UCUUCAACUCUUGACCAAUAUGCAAUCCUGCCAUCCACCUCGAAUCUUCUAUUCCCAUACUGGCAUAUCCACGAUGAAAAAGGAACGUAAGGACGAGAAUCAUUUUCCAAAAAUGCCAGAUUCAAUGCUAAUCGAUCUCCACAAAUCAAGCAGAUUGCUCUGUCCCCACCGUCCAAUUAUCAACAAGUCUAUCUCGCUAUAAGCUACGAUCAUCCACAGUAAAUCAUUCCUCUCACAAAUGCUCAGAAACUAUCUAUCUAACAUGGCAGGAGAGCCUUAUGGGAACAAAACCAGAGAAAACUAGAAAGAAACAGUGCCCAUAAGUAUUCUAUACAUAAGCUUUGAGACAAAAUGGUUUGUGGAGCUCUCACCUUCGAACUCCCUCUUUGUUCAAGCUUUAGCUCCUUAUGUAAUUCAACGAGGUCUGUUAAAUACUCUGCUAGACUUCGGAUUCAAUGUUCAAAUUCUACUCCAGAAGUUCCCUUAGCGACUGAGAUGGUUCAAAAUGAUGCUUUCAUCACUGGUGGUGCAUAUGGUUUUGAAAGGGCAACGAUAUCACUUACUCAGAAAUUGCUGUCAUCACCAAAGAAGGUGACUCUUAUAAGGCAUGGGCUUAGCUCUUGGAAUGAAGAGGGUAGAAUUCAGGGAAGCUCAAACUUAUCUGUCUUAACUGAGACUGGAGUGCAACAAGCAGAGAGGUGUAGGCAAGCCUUAGAAAAUAUGCAUUUUGAUCGUUGCUUUUCAAGUCCAAUAUCUCGUGCCAAGUCCAGUGCUGAAGUCAUAUGGCAAGGGAAAGAAGAGCCACUGGUUUUCCUUGAUUCACUGAAGGAGGCUCAUCUUUUUUUCCUUGAAGGCAUGAGAAAUGUGGAUGCUAGAGUGAGAUAUCCAAAGGAAUAUACAUCAUGGAGAGAAGAUCCUGCUAAUUUUUAUGUGAAUGGUGUCUACCCUGUGCGAAAACUAUGGGGGACAGCUCGGGAAGCUUGGAAGGAAAUAUUGUUUUCACCUGGAGAAAAUUUUCUGGUUGUCACUCACAAGUCAAUCUUGAGGGCACUAAUCUGCACUGCCUUGGGUUUAGGCCCAGAGAGGUUCCGGGCAAUGGAUGUGAACAAUGGUGGGAUAUCUGUAUUUAGUUUCAACAAAAGAGGAGAAGCGAUGCUUCAAUCGUUGAAUAUGACAGCCCACAUGUACACUGAUCAUAUUUAUCAAUACUGAAACUUCUGUGGCACAUUGAAUGAACAAGUUAAAUUCUGCUGACCACACCACAGCACCUAUCAGAAACAGCAGUAAGUACUCAUGGAGUGAUGAAGCAAAGAAUGGGGUGAAGAUUUAUGAAAUCAUUAUGAUUUCAUCUAUGGAAACUUUCAUUGAUCUGGGUUUAGCUGUAAUAGAUGUGAUAUUAUUGGUAGAUGAAGCGCCACUUAGUAAAACUUACAACUGAAUUAUAACGACACUUGCAUCUUGUAUAACAAUGUGUUUUGUGAAGACCUUUCCUGAAAAUUUUUUUGGGAAAUUGCUAUUUAAUCCCAGUAGUAUAA